AAACAGUUUCACAACUCACCUAUACAAUGGGCAUCUCCAUAAAAGAACCAAACCCCCAAAAAUAGAAACUGAAAAUAGGAAUAGAACAGUGGGUGUAGAGCCAUGAGUUUUCUUCCUGUCCAAGCAAUUGUGAAUCUGAGAAUGCUAUUUGUGUUGAUGGGAGUAUGUUGUAUUCUCAUUGGAGUCAACUGUGGAUGGGAUGAGGAAGUUGGAUUACUGAAAAGAGGAGGAGGAGGAAGUCAAAGAGAGUUUGAUUACUUCAAGCUGUGUCUUCAAUGGCCAGGCACUUAUUGCAGGAGAACUCGUCAUUGCUGCUCUAACAACGCCUGUUGUAGCCGCUCGAAUUCGCCAUCUAUAUUCACAAUUCAUGGACUUUGGGCAGAGUACAACGAUGGAACUUGGCCUUCCUGCUGUUCUAAUCGCCCAUUUGAUCAGAAGGAGAUUUCAACAUUGCUCGAGCCCUUGAAUAAGUAUUGGCCUUCCUUAAGUUGUGGUUCCCCCAGAUCUUGCAGCCACAGAAGAGGACCAUUCUGGGGUCAUGAGUGGGAAAAACACGGGACAUGUGCUUAUCCAGUUGUCCAUGACGAAUAUGAGUUCUUUUUGACGACGUUGAAUGUUUACUUCAAAUAUAACGUCACAAAAGUUCUGUUUAACGCUGGAUAUGUACCAUCAAAUUCUGAAAAGUAUCCAUUAGGAGGCAUCAUUACAGCCAUUGAAAAUGCUUUUCAUACAACCCCAGAGUUGAUAUGCUCAGGCGAUGCCCUGGAGGAACUUCGGUUUUGUUUCUAUAAGAACUUCGAGCCUCGUGCCUGUGCACAUGAUACAAGCUUAAGAGGGUCUUGUCCUCAGUACGUCAGCUUGCCAGCCCAUGGAUCAUGGGGGUUUAGAAGCAAUACAACAGCAGCUUCUUAGUCUACAGGAGUCUCUGGUUUCAUCAGCUAUUCUGGACUAAGUUGCCAAAUGACCUUGGCUUUAUUGCUUUACUGUGAAGCCUUUUACUAUAUGAGUUUCAGCUUGGGAUUGGUUAAUCCUUUCUCACAUGCAAAUCUACCAGUGCAUGGAUAAUGUUUCAUUCUAUACUUUUCAGUCUAUGAUCAGUGUAAACUUUAACCAGAUUAAUAAUGUUCCCUUUUAUGCUAUUCCAGUUUAUCAAAGUUAACUUUUCGA